AUGUGCUUCAUCACUGCAAUGAUUGUUUGCACAUUAGUGACUUUACUACAGAAUACCGAAGCUCGUGCUGAUGAUCCUCCAUUGAAAAAUACCGUACUGGACUGUAUUGCUGAAGUAAAUCUUAACCUGACAGAUUUAGGAAUCACGAGCAUUGACGAAAUUCAGACUUUCAAUCUUGUGAUGAUCCACCAAUGGCCCAGAAACAAGAUAGAAUGUUUCAUGGCCUGUUGGUUUAAACAUUAUCAUAUUAUUAAUCAGGAUGGUACAAUUAAUACCAAUGAAUUGCCAGAGCCGCUACCUAAUGUAGGAUCGCCUGAAGAUUUUACAAAAGCUAUUACUGCAUGCAAAGCAUUAACGGAUUACUGCCAAGUGGGAGGCUGCCUCUAUGACUUAUACUACACGUAA